AGGAGAGGAAGUGUGUGUCUGUGUGUUGUAGGGAGUGGAAAUAGAAAAAGUCAGCAACUGUGGCAAAGUAAAUGCCUUACAUAUUUCUCUGCUCUGCUGACUAGAAUAAUCUCAUAAAAUAUUGUUUACAUUUGUUAAGAGAGAGAAAUAUGAGAGUAGAGUAAGUGUAAGUGUAAGAGGGGGAAAGGCAACAGGGUGAGGAAGAUGUAGGGUGGAUGAGGAACAGCAAAAAGAACGGCUGCAGGAGAUAAUCAGAAAAGGGAAGCAGGAGGGGGGCACAGGGACAGAGAGGGGGGGCGAGCAAGAGAACGAGAGAGGGAAAACCGAGCGGCAACAACAUGGUCACAUCUGGAAAUAAUUGAGUAUGUACAGAGAGAGACAGAGAGCAAAAGAGAAAGAGAGCAAACGUUCGUGUUAUAGAUAAGUCAGAGGACAGAGACUGAGAAAGGAUAAACAAACUGUAGAUUGUGGCAUAGAUAUUACAUUCAUCAGCUGAGUUAAAGAUUGAGGAGUGGACUAGGAAAAAGGGACAGAGAAAAAAACUAAGAACAAUCAAUACAAAACAAGACAACAGCAAACUCAAAUUGUAUGCAUUGGAGAUUUUCAAAUCUUGAGGACCAGGGAAUUGAGGGGACUGACUGGAAACCCUGAUUUGAAACUACAUCGACAAAACAAGGCGAAGAGUCAGGAGAACAAAGGAAUCUCUCUUUUCCUGUUGUCAUAAUUUGUCAACCCUGUGGAGCCAACCUUCAGACAGGAUGUCGGUCUCCCGGAGGUGCCUGUGCUGUGUAAAGUAUCUCAUGUUUGUCUUCAACCUCAUCUUCUGGCUGGGAGGGUGUGGCCUGUUUGGAGUGGGUGUGUGGCUAUCAUUCACCCAGUCCGCGUUCUCCUCCCUUCCACUGUCUUUUCCCUCCCUCUCCGCUGCAAACCUACUGCUGGUUGCUGGUGGUGUCACCAUGGUGACAGGCUUCCUGGGUUGCCUUGGAGCUCUGAAGGAGCAGCGCUGCCUGCUGAUGACGUUUUUUAUAAUCCUUUUGCUCCUGGUCUUGACAGAGUUGACCCUGACUAUGGUCCUCUACAUCUUUAACGCUGAGCUGGACAUAAGAGCACAGAAUGAGUUAAAGGAGGGGAUGAAAGAUUACAUGACAGACAAAGGGCUGAAGACGUCAUGGGACAAUGUGCAGAUAAUGUUUAAGUGCUGUGGUGUGGCGGGCAAAGAAGAUUGGUACAGCGUGAUAAACGGAACGCUCCCCUCGUCCUGCUGCUCCAAUCAUAUAGGCCAAUGUGUUGACGGAUGGAGCGAGCCGUGUUACGACAAGGCCAAAAAGUGGCUCCUCACCAACAUCACGUCAGUCCUGGUGUUUGGAGUCUGCAUUGGCAUUGUCCAGAUCCUGGCCCUGAUUUUCUCACUGCUGAUGUAUUGCCAGAUUCGUCGGGCUGAGAAGUACCUGGAAUGAUCUGGAACCCACCCUUCACAGACAGGACAGGCUGAAUUAAAAAAACUCCCCAGUUAUCAAAGAAUGUUCACACAACAGAGGCUUUCCUUUGCCUAUUUGACAAGAUUUCCAUGACAUUCUGGGAACUAAAGUGUUAGCUGGGUCCUGAAUGCUUGGGGAUUUUUUCUUAAAUGCUUUAAUUCUGAUACUAAUAUAUUGUUAUUUUCAAGUCUGUCAAAAACAUAUUUUUGAAAACAGACAUUUCAGCAGUUGCUUUUAUCUGGAUUGAUGGUUCUGAAAAAAGGUUUCCAAAGUAGAAACACUUCACUGAAAACCACUGUCUUGCCUUUGCAGUCAAGACCAGACAGCCCAAUAUUACAUUACACAUGUAACAUAUAAAAAAAGAGCAAUGAAAGAGGCAUUAUGUAGAAUGUUUUCAUUAUAAGAACAUUAAAAUCUGCGGUAAUAGUGGAAAGACUGUUUCACAAGCUUUUAGGAUCAGCAAUGACUUUGAGUGAAUACAGAAGCGCAUCGUAAAAUUCAGAAUUUCUAUUGGUCAGAAGAAGUUGCAACAGUUUCUGUUGUCAAAUGGAAAUGUGGAACCCUCAUUCUCUUCCAACUUAUCACUCGGACACACAAUAAUAUUUCCACAAAGAACCAAUGACAGACAGGCAAGUGACAUUACAAUGACAUUUCCUGGUUGCUAUAAUUCUAGUUCAAAACAUUUAUUUCCAAAAGAAGAAACUUGCAAUCAUUUUGCCAUCUAAAUCACUUUUAAAUGUUUUGAAUAUCCAAAAAUAUAUUUUUCUACAGUAUCUGUAAGCUGGUUGACCAAAAAUUAAAUUAAAUCUCAGACUGUGAGCAAAUGCAUAGGAAAAUAAGAUGUAAAUCCAUUCCUGUCAUUUGUACACAUGUUGAGUGGUAGUUGUAAACGUGCACAUUUUGUAAAAAAAAAACAAUCACUUGUAUGAAUGUAUGAAUGUUGUAGUAGUUCAUAUUUCUAAUAAACUUGUAUUCUAAAUCGUU